AUGUGUGACCGUCUAAAUACAAUGUCUAUCAUUUCUCCCAGAUCAGCAGCUCCCAGCUCGGGGAGGAGACUUUCGGCGUCACGUCGGGGUCAAGAUCGAGAAUAUCGUCGGACGAACUCCUCGCGCUCCGUUUUAUCCCAAAGGCAGAAACUUAGUGAUUCCAUUCACGGCACUGGAAAUGCCAUGGAUGUAUACGUGCGUGUACGACCAUUUAGUGAGCGAGAAUUAUCCAUGAACGCGCCGCAGCAUAGCACGGUGCGCAUUGAAGUAGACAAUCCGUGCGUUCUUACGCUUUUGGACCCACAGAAGGACUUCAAACCCCGCCAAUCCUACAGUUUUACACGCUGCUUUUGGUCCGUUCUUGAGAGCGACAGUGCAGACUGUGGGAACGCUGGAGAUAUAUUAAGCGCUAUAGGAACUUAUAUUGACCGACGCGUAGCCUCUCCUCGCUCGAACCGCCAGCGUCAAGCAACUGGAAAUUCGUCCCGUUCUCACUCUGCACGUGGAAAGGGAAGCGGUGACUUCUCCGGAUUUGUUGAAACAUCGGGAUCCAAUGCGGCGUUGCUAACUGUCAACACUGUUCCGCAUCCCCCGUAUAGCUCACAGGCAGAUGUCUAUAACGAGGUUGGUAGGCCUCUAUUAGAGAAUUCAUUGUUAGGAUACAAUGGCUGUAUCUUUGCAUACGGGCAAACAGGUAGCGGCAAGACCUUUACUAUGCUGGGCUACACGCCAAAAGCCAGUGAUUUCCGAAGGUCCAGUCGUCGACAGCAAAUUUCUAUCGAUGAAGCUGAUGGGGAGCAUUUGUUUAAUUCAUCUAGUCCCAGACGGACGGCAACUCCACUGACCAGUAAUCGUCUUCGCCGGACCUCGUGGAAAAGCAAUAUGGUUAGCCCACGAGACACGCGGAGUCUCAGUGGUACAUUCCGGGUGGAAGCAGAGCAGUCUGGUGCCGGGGACGACAACAAGCCGUCGGUUGAUCCGAAUGAACUACAGGGGAUUAUUCCCCGCAUUACCAGGGAUCUUUUUCAAGGGUUACAUGAGGUGCGUCAUCGAGAAGCCUCUCAUUCUUUUCGUGUGGAGUUGGAGUUCUAUGAAAUAUACAAUGAGAAGGUGUAUGACCUUAUAAACCCGCAAAAGGAUGCUGACCUAAAGAUUCGCCAGAACCCACUCACAGGUCCCUACGUAGAGGGACUUUCUUCAUUAGUCGUUGUUAACGAGGUACAGGUGGCUGAAGUAAUUAAUAGGGGAAGCGUUGAUCGUCACACCUCUUGCACUAGAAUGAAUGAUCGCAGCAGCCGCAGUCACGCCAUCAUUACAAUUAAUAUUCUGCAGCUUUCGCUCGACGGGAAGAACAGCAGCUGUCAAAAGCGUAGUAAGCUCAAUCUGGUUGAUCUUGCUGGAUCGGAGCGUAUUGGCGCGACUGGGGUGGAGGGUUUGCACUUCAAGGAAUCCACGAAGAUUAACUUGUCACUCACUACGUUGGGUCGAGUCAUUGAUUGUCUAGCUGAGCUUUCGCAGUCAAAGGUUCCUUCUGUGACUGCUCCCUAUCGCGACUCCAACCUCACAUGGCUACUGAUGGAUUCGUUGGGCGGAAACAGCAAGACAUCGAUGGUGGCUACUAUUUCACCCCACUGUAGCAAUUUUGAGGAGAUGCGACAGACAAUUCGUUACGCCUCUCGUGCCAGGCAGAUCGUCAACGUUGCUGUAGUGAAUGAAGACCCACAUGUGCGUCAGAUCAAUAUGCUCACCAAUGAAGUAGAGAACCUCAAGAAGGUAAUUCGCGAAAAUGGAAUGAACGAGUUUACCCGCGACUACGUAAUUGACUUACGGCAACGCUACAGCGACUUAGAGAAGCGUUGUGUGGAACAGCAGUUGUCCCUGGUGCAACUACGUGCGGAAAUAGAGGAGAAUACAACUUACAACCGCCAAGAUGAACCCACUCCAGUGUCUGGAAGAGCCACGCGAGUGUUCCGCGCGGAUUUGAAUGGACGACGGACGCGAAACAAUGUAAACGGAGACGAGGCAGAUGCCUUAACUGUUUCGCCUCGAGUACCGGAAUCAAGGAGAUCUGCAGCUGCUGCGUGGCCCACCCCUCCCAAAUCGUCCCCGUGCAAUAACACUUCAAGGAACUCCAAUGCUGAGGUCACGGCGGAACUGCGAACUCAAAUAAAAAGACUCAAAGACGAGCUGAAUACGGUGCGAGUGGACAGUUGCCUCCAGCAGUAUCACGUCAAGGAAUUUGCGCUUUCCUACACAACUGCCGUUUCUAACGCCAUUUGUGAUACUGUCAUAAAGAAGAACAAGGAAUUUUUGGAUCAAGCAACUCUGUUGUUUGGCACUCGAGCUGGCAGGAGGGACCCGCACCUCCGUCCUCUAAGCAGGACUCCGCGUCGGGAUGUAGAUGAUUCCAAGAAAGUUCCCGAUUGCAGGUCCUGGCGGCCCGCUGAUAAGGCUGAGAAUGAUAGUCGUUGCGUGACGCCAAGCCGCGCCGGAAAGGCUAAACGGGGGGACCCCGAUGCUGCGUUGGCGAUUGAAUGCGCCAAAUACCAGACAGAGCUGCAGCGGGUUCGCGAUGAACUGGGCUCAGCGAUUGUGGAAAGUCAACGGACUUCGGAGGUUCUUAGGCGGCUUCAGUACGAAAGAGAAGAUCUGAAGCGGAAGAAUGAGGAAAUAAGCUCCAAAUACGAGGAAAAAGACAGAGAAGUUCGCCAGUUAAAACGUCUCUUAGAGAGUGGAGCAAGGAGCCGUGAAGAGGGUGAAGGUGGCGUUGGGAGCGCCACCGAUUGGAAAAAACAAGCUGAUGAAGAGUUGAACUGCUUACGCGCUGCAUUGCAAAAAAUAUGCGAGGAACACAGUCGUGUGGAGCAACAGCACCAAGCAGAAAUUCAUAGCCUUAUUAGCCAGCAAGACCGAUUGUUUAAUAUUAGCAGCAGCCUUUUGGCCAACUGGGAAAGUCGUUCCGCCGCUCUAGAUUCCUCCUUUGCACAGCUUCGAGCUCUCCUGCACAAUAAGGAAUAUCAGAGCCAGCACCAACGAUUACGAGACAGCAUGUUAGAGCGCAGAAAUUACUCUGCAGAAGUUGCCGCCGUGGAUGAGCGCAAACGGCGUGACACGCAGCGGCUCCGUGAAAUUAUGGAACAGCUAAAGCAGAACCAGAAGGAUAGUAAGGCGAGCAUUCAAAAAUUUGAAGAGGACGUCAGGCAACACUUCUCUGGUGUUAGAACAGCUAGGGAAGGUAACGGAGGUGAAUCUUCAUUCGCUAAUCCGCACUCUUCACGGCCACGCUGA